CAUCGGCUCUGCCGGAACCGCUCACCUGACCAGAUCUCUCAAAUCGAGAAACGACAGGAUCAGUAACAGCGGGUCGGAAGGGCAGAAGGAUGUUCGUUUCAGUGGCGGCGGUUCUGGGAGCGACUCUGGGAACGGUGUCUGGGGCGCUCACGCUCUGUGGGCUCUCGCUGCUCUGCAGAAACUGUCAAAAGGGCAAACUUGAGAGAGCCGACAGCGAUGAGGCGGAUAAAGCAAAAGCCAGCAUCUUACACACCAUCACACAGUUCAGCGUGCAUAAAUCCACAGAGCCGAUCCAACCACAGGCACUGCAGAACUUCCCCAAAAUCUGCAACCCUAAAUCGUCCAUCACAUCACCUGAGGUUAUAAACUACAGUAAGCAGAGCCCGACCACCGAACGGACUCCCGCCGAACCUCAAGUCUGUAAUCAAGCGAAGGAGGAAAACAAGGAGGUCGAUGCACUCACGCAGCAAGAUUCUGCAGCUGAGACACCCUGCACGACUGAGCAGUUUAAAAAAAGCCGCUCUAGUAUACAGCCAAAACUGCACUUCUCUCUCUACCUGCACAGAGAAAGCAGAGAGCUUCACAUCACCAUCAUAGAAGCGGAACAUGUGAGCACAGAAGCUGGCUGCGAAGGCUACGUCUCAGGGUGUGUGAGCGUAUCCGAGGAGCAAAAGCAUGCCCAGACCGCAGCACGCAAGCUGGCAUCGAGAGUUCAGUGGGGAGAGGAGCUUGUGUUCGCCCUGCCCAGCGGGUGUAACACAGAGAGUACAGAGACCACGGAGGGAGAGGUGGCGCUGACCUUACACGUCUGCGACCGAUUCUCCAGGAACGUCACCCUGGGAACCGUGAGGUUCAAACUAGCUGACGUGAGCAUGAUGUCAGACGCCGACUGCUGGGUCAACCUGCAGCCACCCAAGCAGGUGGAAGUGGCAUCAUCGACAGGCGAACUGUUGCUGUCACUAAGCUAUCUGCCGGCAGCAAACAGACUGGGAGUGGUGGUAAUGAAGGCUCGAGGACUGCAAUCAGACAAACUCAAAGAGACCAUAGACCUGUCUGUAAAGUUGACGCUGAAGCACCAGAACACCAAGCUGAAGAAAAAGCAGACUCGGCGCGUCAAACACAAGAUCAACCCGGUGUGGAACGAGAUGAUGAUGCUGGAGCUCCCAAGGGAGCUACUGACCAAGUCCAGCUUAUACCUUGAGGUGCUAAACCAAGCCAAUCCUGGCGCGUUGCUCACGCUCGGGCAAUGCCAGCUCAGCCUCAACGUCUCCGGCACCGGCCUUCAGCACUGGCAACAGAUGCUGGAUAAUCCACGCAAGCAGAUCGCCAUGUGGCAUCCUCUGCAUGCCUGAAUGAUAGCUAAACUCUGAAUGCACUCUGAAUGGAUCAUCAUCAUCCUUCUUCAUUUCCUGCCAAGAGAUUAGACAUCACCAACAGACCUGAGGUAGACCUGAUCUGAUGUAGAUAAGGGCCAUUCCAGCGAAUGGAUGCCAUUUCCGUGUAGUAAACUUCCUGACUGAUUUAUUUUCGUUAUAUUUCAUUGUAAAGUGUCGUGUUAGAGAGUGGGGACUUGAAAAAAUACUAUUUUUAUGAAUGUUUUAAAUUAUAUAUCCUAAAUUUGCAGUUAGAUCAAUGUGCAGGACACUUUACUCAAUGAAAAAUGCAUUUUAAAGUUCAUUUUCAUAUACAUUUAUACAUAUAAUGUCCUGGGGACAGAAAUUGCACCAAUUCGUCGGAAUGGCCCAUAUGCAAAGACCUGGGUGGCUGUAGCUGGUUUAUUUACGUAAUCUACUAACCUAGUGCAAUAACAACAAUAGAAAUCAGGUCAAUUUAAAAAAUGGUAAACAAAAUAAAACACUGUGCUGACGUGAAUGUGAA